UACGAGUGAGGCAACAUACAUGGAGAGAAUGGGGAGCAGUGUGAAGAGGAAAGCCACAGCUCGGCAGCAUAAGGCGGAGGUGAUGAUCGCAGGCGAGCAGCUCAGGUUGCGGCUGCAUGACAGCAAGCUGAUCAAGGACAGGAGGUAUCACCUGCGCACGUACCCAAACUGCUUUGUGGCCCAGGAAUUGACUGACUGGCUGAUCAGCCACAAAGAGGCACCAGACAGAGGCACGGCAGUUCGCCUCAUGCAGCACCUCAUGGAUCAUGACAUUGUGCACCAUGUGUGUGACAAGCGCUCUGCUUUCAAGGAUGCCAAACUGCUAUACCGUUUCCGUAAGGAUGAUGGCACUUUCCCCUUCAACACUGAGGUGAAGGUCUUCAUGCGUGGACAAAGACUCUAUGAACAGCUGAUCUCUGGGCGGAGCUCUAUCCUGCAGGUGAGGGAGGAGCAGGGCAUGUCUUACCAGCGCUCCUUCCCUGGCUGCCAGAUGAUCGACUGGCUGCUGCAGAAUGGGGAGGCGGAGAGCCGGCGGCAGGGGCUGGAGCUGUGCCGCGCUCUGCUGGAGCACGGAAUCAUCCACCAUGUGUCCCUGAAGCACCACUUCUUCGACAGCGCUCUGCUUUAUCAGUUCUGCAUUAACUUCCGCCGCCGCCGCCGUCUGGCUGAGCUGCUCAGCGAGAGCGAGGGGGAGGGGCUGGGACUGGGCAGGGCCGGAGAGGCAGGGUCUCAGAUGCAGGAGGACUCCACGGACAGCCCCUUCGUCCUGCGCAGGACCCCGUCCCAGGACGGCAACAGCACUUUUCUGUCUGUACAGCCCAGUAAGGAGAUCAGGGUGGUGUCGUCCAAACGGCGCGGGAGUUUACCCUCACAGCAGAAUGGCCCUGGCGGAUAUUUCCCCCCGGCUGCUCUCUCCUCAGCAUCGCUAGCUAAGUGCAACCCAAAAUCAGUGCUAAGGAGGAGUGUGACGUGCCAGGAGCUGUUGUCCCCAGGGGCACCCUUUAUAAAGAGGGUUCUGACGGUGGUGGGAGAUGCUGUGGGCUGGGGAUUUGUUAUUCGUGGAUCACCACCUUGUUACAUCCAGGCUGUGGAUCCGGGGGGACCUGCUGCUGCUGCAGGAGUGAAGGUGCGCCAGUUUGUGUAUCAGGUGAAUGGCCAGUGUGUCCUCCACCUGGACUACCGUGCAGUCACCAGACUGGUCAUGACGGGACCGCGCACAGUUGUGCUAGAGAUGAUGGAGCCCUUGGACUGACUAAGCAUGGCCUCAGCUGCCAUGAGUGUGCCUUCACAGACUCACAAACAGCUUCUUAUUUUUUAUUUUCCAUGGGUAACUGUUGCUCCUGGGCACUCAUUUCUUGUGUUUUCAAUUUUUACCUGCAUUUGUCAUGCAGUCCUGCUCCGGCAGGUUUUAGCUGGCUGUCUCACUCCCAACCAGUGCCAGCCAGUGGGCAACAAACAGCAGAGACAGAGAACUUCCUUUGAAAUUGUUAAUGGCCCUGAACUGUUUUUCAUGAUGAGCACGUACACCUGUUUAGGUAAGGACCCCC